GAUUUAAAUUACUGUGGAUUUAUUCUAAUGUAUUAUUUAAAAGAUAUUUAUUAUGGAAUGUGAAAGUGUUAAUACAACUGAAUUAACAUCUUUAAUUAAGGAUGGAAAUACAUUACUUAUGGAUAUUGAACAUGUAAAUCCUACAUUUAAAAACAUUUCCAUAAGUUCUACUAUUGCUAUAAAAGAGACUGAAAAUAAACAAAAACAAAGUUCCAAUAAUGAAACAAAUGUGGAAACAAUACGAAAGUCUUACAUACCAGACAAUACAAAUCAGAUAUCUAUUGAUCAUGGACCAUAUAUAGAAUCAGGCAUACCUUUAGAACUAGAUAUGGAAAAAAUAGAACCUAAUUUAUGUGAGAAAAUUGAAGUAGAAAGUAUAGAUUUAACUUCUAAGAAUACAACAGAUGAUUCUUUUUGUAGUUGCAAUUGGAUUGUUUCACCAAAGUUGAUAUGCAUUGCUACUAAAGAAUAUCAACCAACUACAUCCUGCGAGAAUUUUACAAAAGGCUGCCAAUGGUCUCCGGAUGAUACAUGUUUAUUAGUACCAUCAGAAGAUUUUAGAAUACGUUUAUACGAACUUCCAACAAUAUUUUAUUCUAAUAAAAUACCAGUGGACUUUACAACAUGUGAUCUUAAAGCUGCUGUAGUUGUUAAGGAAGGAGGACUUAUAUAUGAUACUUGCUGGUACCCUUUCAUGAAUUCAUGGAAUCCUGCAACAUGUUGUUUUCUUAGUACUAGUAAAGACAGUCCGAUACAUUUAUGGGAUGCGUUUACAGGAGAAUUACGAGCUACUUACAGAGCUUAUAACGAUGUCGACGAAGUAGCAGCUGCCAUUAGUGUUCAAUUUAUUGAUUAUGGUAAACAAAUUUUUAGCGGUUUUAAAAAUGCAUUACAUAUUUUUGAUACUAAUUAUCCUGGACGGCAAAUUGAGACCAUUAAUUUAAAGAAAGAUUUUCCAAAUAUCAGCGGAUUGGUAUCUUGUAUUCGUGAAAAUCCGUUAAUGCCAGGCUUGGUGGCAUUUGGUACAUAUUCUAAAAGUAUUGGACUUUACAAAGAUACACCAAUCUGUAUUUUUAAAACAGCAAGUGGUGUGACGCAAAUUGAAUUUAGUCCGUGUGGAACUAAGUUGUAUUCAGCUGUUAGACGUUCCAAUGAAUUUUUAUGUUGGGAUCUUCGUAAUCCUGGUACUGUACUUUAUUCUUUCCAAAAACGGCAAGCAGAUACAAAUCAGAGAAUACAAUUUGAUAUCACAAGUCAUGGUCGCCAUCUAAUAUCAGGAGGUGUAGACGGAAAAAUUAAUAUUUGGGAAUUAUUAGAAGGUAAAAAUGAUAAUGAAAUUGAGAAUCCAAAAUAUGAAUUURAAAUAUCRAAUGAUAGCGUGAAUGGUGWGAAUGUACAUAAAAGUUUUCCGAUUGUUGCAACAAGUUCAGGACAAAGAAUUURUGAUAUUGAAGGGGUWAAUAGAGAUAACAGCGUAAGAUUAUGGUGGUUCAAUUAAUUCAUUACACCAAAUACAAAUGCCUUUAAUUUAUAGAUUCAAUAGCAAUAUACUUAAUGAUAAAUUUGUACAUUAUAUAUUAUUUUUAUACAUUAUUAU